AUGACCUCCUACUUUCGUUCCAUCUUUGGUGGAGGCCAAUCUCCUAGUCAUGACCACAAGUCCUCGCGCUCACGUUCUAACCCUGCAAGCUUCUUCUAUGGACCACCAGCUGGUUCAAGUUCCUCUUCACGCUUAAAGACAAAACGAAGCAAUAGCUUCGGUGCCACAACUGCUCCAUCUCCACUGCGAUAUACCACGUUUGACGCUGCCAGAGACAUGAGAUACGGUACUCCGUCGACAGCUGAGAAGGUCCCGCUCUACAGGCGUGCCAGCUACAAGUCGUCCGAACAUCUCGGGCAUUAUCCUUUGUAUAAUUAUGCGCCUCCCGUCUCUUAUGGUACAUCUUCCCGCACCAGUUCGAGUUCUUCUUCGGGUCUUCCGAGCUACGAUAGACGGCCUUCUAUGCAACAGCGUCAUACUUGGCAAAGUAAUAUCUCACCUGCGAAUGGAUCGGCCAACUCAUAUAUGGGAAUGGAUCCACAUGGGAGACGCGCACCUGCACUACAUAUGCAUCCACUCUUUGCCUCUACUCGACUUCACUCCGCGCCCAUAAAUUACGACGUCACGUUUGCCCCUGCGCCGCGAACGGUUCUCGACCGUACAACGCAUACACCUGUCGAUGCCCAUACGUUAUCACAACCAGCGACAGACCCGCCAACUCCAGCAUCAUCCCGUAUCUUGUUGCGAUCAGAUAAGUUCCCGUGGCCCGUAGUUGUCGGGUCCAGAAAUGGACGCUCCCCAGAUAUCACCAAUCUUGACCUUCUUCACUCAUUAUAUGAGACGCUUCUUACAAGAGUCACGCCACAGGAGUGGGAGGCUCUCGGUACUGGAAGCAGGGCGCAACGGAAAGUUACGCAAGCGUACGAACAGCGGUGUACCAGGUUGGGAGGUGGAUGGGAAGGCGGAGUCCGACGAGUGGAUUGGCUGCAUGGGAAGACUCGUUUGAUCGGAAUUGAAGUGGAAAGGAAUGGACCCGGCGCCGGCUCCGGAAAACUCGUGUUUGGCAGGGCUUGA